AUGGAAGGAAUGAACCCCAUUGCAGCCAUUGUACAACCAUCCGCCAUAAAGCCUCCAGUCUUCGUGGGAUUGGCAAGCGCUCUAUGUGCACUUACUGGCAGCAUCAUUGCGCUACGGCUUUGGACUAAUUUCACCCACAAUCGAAAGCUUCACGUUGAUGACUACUUAAGCGUGCUCGCACUCCUUUUCUUGAUAUGGAAUUCUGUCACCUUCUCCAUGCUGUUUGAUGUGUUGAACUCCAAUCCUAACGAUGUAACGAUUGAACAUCUUACAAGGCUCGUUGCGGUCGGAAUCGCCUCAGGAAACAGUGCAAUCUACAGCGCAAAGUUGCCUCUACUUUUCAUGCUCAUCCGGAUCUUUGGAAUCAAGGAUUGGUUGCGCUGGAUGUGUAUAUGUCUCAUCGUCGUCGGAACUUUAGGCGGCGUGAUUACGCUGUUGUAUGCGGGAAUCUCCUGCAGCCCAGAUCUUCACGAGCCAACUCCACCAUUCUUGUUCUCGUGCGUCGGCGCCCUCACAAACGCGACCAUUGCCCGUGGCUCCAUAUCGCUUGCCAUCGAUGUCAUCGCAUUCGUCGUCCCGAUCCCAAUCAUCGUGAAUCUUAAGAUGCCGCUUCGUAGGAAGAUCGGAGUGGCCUUUGUCUUUGCUACGGGCCUUCUCGCCAUCGCAGCUAGCGCAUUGGGUUUGUAUUUCCAGAAAGCGCAGUCCGAGGAAUCCUCUACCAAUUUUGCCAAUGCUUUGCUUGUCACUGUUAUCGAAAGUGCCGUCGUCCUCAUGGUCAGCUGCACGCCUGCCAUUCAUGUAUUCUGGACCAAACAUGCAGGCUUCUUGCGCAGCAGCUUUGGACUGCUAACCUCAUCACACACCAAGUCGAAGCUUUCGGAAUCCAAAACCAACCUGGGAGCAACUACUAGCUCAAACUCAGAUCGCACCCAGGUCCACGCACAUGAAUACGUUGAACUAGAGGAACACACGUAUAUGGGGAAGCCACCAUAUGAGUCUGAGGUGUUGAGGGUUAAGCAAUACGUGUAAGAUAUCAUUUUGAAACGUUUAGUGUAUUUGGGCUUGUGUUGGAUUGUCUUGAUUCAAGGGGGCUCAGCCGUCUUACCCCUCUUCAAUAAUACAGAAACAACACGAUAUAUAGCGCACAUGUCAAACCAUAGAAGCCCUGAAGCUGGGAUGCGACAAUCGACGUUUAGCUACGAUCCUCCACAUGUAACGAUCGACGAUGCACGACCCGCUUUUCUUACCCACUCUUUCAACGUCCGGACUCAGAUCGUUCGGGGUGAAGAGUUAAGGAAUGAUUUCCGCUGCACUCAAUAAUGAGAUUUUCUGUCUGGAACAGGACAACUAAUGCAAAACAAUGUGGACAUUUAAA